UCCUCUCUUCAUCGAUCAGACUACCAUAGUGGCAGCAGCGAGGAACACAAAGCGGCAGCGGUGGCGAGGAACACGAAGCGGCGGCGACGACGAGGAAGGCUGUUGCUUGGCCCAACCAAAGACCACGACAGUGGGGAGAGGGUUGGGCGGGUGUCUCCAUCACCCUUGUCCUCUUCCCCAUGGCCCCACGGAGGCGAAAGGAAGGGGAACCACCCCCUAAAUACGGUCCCAAAUCUAAGAUUUUUUCAGUAGAAGUUCACCAUGGUGGAGUUUUUAGUGGCAUUGGAGUUGACCGUGCCUAUGUAGGUGGACAGUUGGAUUGGUUUGAUAAUGUGGAAGCUAGUAGUUGGUCUUAUUUCUGGAUAGAGGAAUUCAUCAUGCUGCUUAACUAUGGUUUUAGUCCCAGAAAUCUAAAAGUGUAUUGGUUAUUGCCUGGCAAGGAGUUAUCUGAUGGUUUAAGGACUUUAGCAUCUGAUCAUGACAUUGAAGUGAUGAAGGCAGUUGCUGAUAAGGUGAAGAACUUUGUUCUCUUCUUUGAUCACGAGUGGCAUGAAGAACCAAAACCUGCAGCUGAACCUGAGGGGGUUAAUGAUCCAGAGUUUUUGGACAAUGAAAACGAUGUAGAAGGUCUAACCCUGGUAGCACAUUGUUCCUAAGGCUAUCAGAUGGGCACUUCAACAACUUGUACUUUGCACUUGAUGCUUGCAAGAGAGGAUUUCUAAGUGGCUGCAGACCAAUUAUUUGUUUGGAUGGAUGCCACAUCAAGACUAAAUUUGGUGGGCAACUUUUAACUGCUGUGGGAAUUGACCCAAAUGACUGUAUAUUUCCAAUAGCAAUGGCAGUAGUAGAAGUAGAGUCCUUGAGCACAUGGAAGUGGUUUCUAGAAACACUCAAAGAAGAGCUCAACAUUGGCAACACAUAUCCCUGGACCAUUAUGACUGACAAACAAAAGGGUCUCAUACCUGCAGUACAACAAGUCUUUCCAGAAUCAGAGCAUCGGUUUUGUGUCCAGCAUCUGUACCAAAACUUCCAGGAACAUUUCAAAGGUGAGAAUCUUAAGAAUCAGCUAUGGGCAUGUGCUAGGUCGAGUUCUGUUCAACAGUGGAAUAUUAACAUGGAGGCCAUGAAGGUUCUUGACUCUGAUGCACACGCUUGGCUUGAGAAAAUGCCACCAAACACUUGGGUAAGGGCUUUUUUCAGUACUUUCCCUAAGUGCGACAUCCUUCUUAAUAACAGUUGUGAAGUAUUCAACAAGUAUAUACUUGAUGCAAGAGAGCUGCCAAUACUCAGUAUGCUUGAAAGGAUAAAGGGACAGCUCAUGAUUAGAUUCUACAGCAAGCAGAUAGAGAUCAAUGAGAAUUGGACAUGACCUGUUUGUCCAAAGAUCAGAAAGAAGCUAUUGAAGAAUUCAGACUAUGCUAACCUAUGUUAUGUGAUGCCAGCUGGUAAGGGCAUUUUCCAAGUGCAGUAUAAGGGUGCUGACUAUAUUGUUGAUAUUUGCAACAAGACAUGUGAUUGCAGAAGAUGGGAUUUGACAGAAAUCCCAUGCAACCAUGCUGUGGCCUGUCUUAGGCAUGAAAGGAUUCCUGCCGAGGAGGUACUCCCAGUAUGCUAUUCCACUGAAACAUUCAGCAAGGUGUAUGGUUUUAAUAUAAUGCCUUGUGCUGACAAGAACAAUUGGGAAAAGACCAAUGGACCUAAAGUACUACCACCUGUGUAUGAGAAAAAGGUUGGGAGGCCACCUAAAUCUAGGAGGAAGCAGCCCCAUGAGGUGCAAGGCAAGGAUGGCCCAAAGCUGUCCAGACAUGGUGUUAUCAUUACUUGUAGCUGGUGCAAAGGCCAACAUCACAAUAGAGCUGGAUGCAGUCUUAGGAAGCUGGGAGUUAAUCCUAUUGCUCAUAGCAAUCCAAAUCCUGUUAUUGAUGAAAAUGUGCUAGAUGAUGAACCUGUCAUCACCCAGGAAACUGGUCACUCGCAAGCUGCACAUGUUCAACUUCAGGACACCAUGUUAUCACAAAUGAUACAAGAGGCUUCAAGUAUUGUUGCUCCAUACCAACCUCUAGGAUCUCCGCCAGAUUGUUCUUAUAUUGCAGCCAACCAACCUGUUCCACAGCCUAUUCCACCCACCACUGCAUCCAAAGCUGUCAAGGCAGCACUGAACAAGCGCAAGGCUGCAGGAAACAAGUCGAAGGAUGCAACAGGGAAGAAAGCAAAGGCCACAAGGAGUAAGACUGUGGGUAACGCUACAAAGAAGAAGUAAUCAAGAAGCCACCUUUUGUGAAUGGCCGCUUCUACUAACCCAUUUUGUGAAUGAAAGAAGCUGAGACGGUAACGGGCUGGCUCGCCACCGCCUCCUACAACGCCGUCUCGUUGUUGGUCGCCACAUCCACGAAGUUGUCUAUGGUCACAACCUUCUCAUUCACCUGCAAUUGAAGAAGAAGACGCAAAUCGACCUCGAUCA